UGUCAAAGAGCUGUGCGAGAAAAUCAGAUUGGAGAGGAGCAAACGGCCUGGAUGCCAAAACAGACUGAAAUGAGGAGGUAUACUGAGGAUGAGGCUGUUCAGCAUAGAGGACUUUCUGAGAUGGAUAAUUGUUGCUGAUUGAAGUGCAAAGCAAGAAGGUAAUUAGAGACCUGGCACUAGUACAUCACGACAGCAGCAGUGUUACCAUGGAGACUGGCAAGCCAGGAUUGGCGAGUGCUCCAGUGCACAUCAACUCCGUUGCAGCACAGACAGAGAAAAGGAUGGACAUCCAGGCCCCGCUGACGGCUGUUUACAUCCACGCAGUGCCUGCUCUACCAGCGCAGCCUUACUCCCAGCCUCCUGCAGCUGCCCGGGAGCCAGCCACACUCCAUCUGGCUAUGCCGCCGCUUUACUCCAAGGAGACGCUUCCCUUUCUGACACUCCAUAUUGCUGGUGGGCUGCAGUCUCAGCCGGGAUUGAGUCUGGCAGCUGCUUCUCCUGCAGCUAGACCCAAGUCGUCAGGAAAGCACGUGUGUCCUCACUGUGGACGGGACUGUAUGAAGCCCAGUGUGCUGGAGAAACACCUCCGCUGCCACACCGGGGAGCGGCCUUACCCCUGCACUACUUGUGGAAUUUCUUUCAAGACUCAGAGCAACCUCUACAAACAUAAGCGUACUCAGGCUCAUGCCCGCCUCUCGUCCGAGUCAGAGCAGAGCAGCCUGGGCAGCCUAGACAGCAUGUCCAGCUCCAGAGAGACUCAUGCCUCCAGUUUGUCUCUGGAUGAGCGCAGCGAGGCAUCGGGCAGCGUGGAAAAGGACGCCACAUUGUCUACUGCUGAGAUCGCCAUCUCUCCAGCCAGUGCUGCAAAGGUCUACUCGGCAAAGACGCAUGGAUCUGUCAGUGAACAGAAUGAUUUGACCUCUGCGGAUCAUAAGACCAAAGACCCAAAUGAGACUGGAAGGACAACAACAGAAGGGGAAAAACAGAGGACAGAAAAUGAAAAAUCUCCGCUGACUGCUAGUCGACAUCUUCCCCUUCAGAGACAAGAAGCCACUCUGUUCUCCAAGCAGUGGGAGAGCUCUGUAGCCAGAGGAAAAUCACAGAGUCACGAGAGCACUGACUCAGGCUUCAGUGAGAGCAGCGACCACUACCCGAGCCCCGGCAGCAUUUUACCUGAUCACAGUAUGGAUUCCCUCACUGAAUCCACCAAAGAGCAUCUUGAAGAACCCACCAGUGCCCAAACACAGUCAGAACCAGGCCAAGUUGGAUAUGAACCCAAAGACAUGGCAAGGGAGCAGGAGCACAAGAUACUGGAGGAGCGUAUAUCUAAGCUGAUUUCGGAGAAUACAGCUGUUGUGGAGGACAAACAUCUGGAGAACGUACGGCCACGGAAGACAGUUCUGUCAAAACAGGGUAGUAUCGACCUCCCCAUGCCGUACACGUACAAGGAUUCCUUUCACUUUGACAUGAGGAUCAGUAAGACUCCAAGUGUUGGGCUACAAAGAAACAGGAGGCCUGGCUUCUACAGCUCUGUGCCCACUCAGCACUCCACCACCAUGGAGCAUGCCCCCUUGACCCGCAGCAACUCCCUCCCUUUCAGCGUUACCCUCCUGCAGCCUGAGAGCAGCAGCCCAAAAUCCUCCUAUCAGAGUGAUUAUGUAACACUUGUCCGGAGGGGAAGCUCUGGCCAGAUCAAUCCAACAGGUUUCGCGAUCAAGCCUGUGAACCAGCAGUCAUCCACCCACCGCCCACUGGUCCGGCAGACAGCCGUAGACUGCAACCACGCAACAGACGGUCUCUUCAUGAAUUCAUCUGUGGAGGAGGCGUGCACCGGUAGUCUCAGCUGCGAUGGGGAUGGCGGUGACAUUUGUGUAGAGCCAAGCAACAGAAAGUUCCGGAGGAAGAAAGCGCAGAAGUUUGCCUACAACAAGUGGUACAUGUACGGUGGGGGGACAUUUAAGAAGCUCUACAGUGCUGAGAAAGGCGGCGAUGACAGUGUUAUCAAAGGCAGGAAAUGUUCGACGAACCCAGAGCACGAGGUCGUUCAGGGCUUACAAAAAAGGCUGUCAGCAGUUCAGAAGGAGACAGUGGCAACAGCAGGCUCAACAGUGAACUUCACGAGCAGCAGUGCAACAGUGUGUCAUCCAGACUGCUCUCCUGCCAAACUAUCCCUCGUCUCUGCUGUGGAUUUGAAUUUAAAAACUAGCCAGCUUCAUACAUCAUGCAGCUCUCUCAAGACUCCACUCCGGAGAAAUUUGUCUCUGUCAGUACUGCCAUUACCUUUAAUUGGAUCACUGGUUAGCCACAAAACAGAAAGCAUGAGCAGAGCAGAGGAUGGGAGAUUGAUUAAUGAAGGAAAACAUACUGACUCCAGCUCGCAGCUCUGUGGAGCCCAUAUUCCCUCGGACCGGAAAAAGCAGAAAACUGACGACAAAACGAUUUGCCCUUUUGAGAUGGAGACCGACCCAAACGCACUGACUCAUCCCUGUCCAUCUGUCACUGGCAGUGCACCUCAGCAGGAUACAAAUCUCACUUACAUCAACCUACAAAAAAAUCUAAAACAUACUCAGCUUAAAGGAGCUCUCUUCCCACCAUGCUUGAUCAAUGCAAAUACACCGCCUGUUAGCAGCUCGGCAGCCACUUCCACCACCUCCACUGCCAAGACCACCUUCCUGCCCAAGUAUCAGCUCAAGUUGCCUAAUGCUGCUGAAACGGACUCAAAUCCCUCUCCGCAUGCUGUGGAUAAACUGACAACAACUGAUAGCCGCAGUUUCACCUCUGCUCUGUCCUCUCCUCACACUGAGCAAACCCCAGUCACAACUCCUGAAAAGAUAUGUAGUGAUCCUGUCAGCUCACCGUUGAUGCAGAGUUAUGAUAUCAAGGAGACGAAUGCUUUCAGCUCCUCACAAGGCCAGCUCCUCUCGACUUGUGCAGCCACAACCCAAAUAUCAGGUCUCAAUAAAAAUGCAACAUCUAGUCUAGCUGUUGUGCACAGACAAUUUGCAGCAACCACAAUAACCACAACCUGCCUACAAGAUAAUGAAGCAGGAUUAUGCACCACCUCAAUACAGCAUUCAAAAUCUGCAGUGUGCUCAGCACCAAAGCAGUUACCCAGACCUGUUGGAUCCGUGGUUGCGAAUUUGACUGCUACACCUACCAUUACUACAACAAACGGAUAUCAGACAUCUGCUGCAGCCAUCACAGCUUUCUCACAAGAGCAACCUAACCCUAAUCAUCCUCUGUCACACACACAACUCUCACCAGCAGACCAGUUGGGCCCUGUAAGCAGAGCAUAUGCCAGUUCAAACACCCCAAUUGUACCUUGUCACAUCAUACCAUUUGACCAGGUGCAGCCAGCUGCUCAGAACGUGUUUCAUGUUCACACAGCAGACCUUCAGAUCUGCCUCCAGAUCAUAUCUGAUGAGCAGCUGGCUCUCAUUGAACCCCAGAUUGAGAGGCAAGCAGGUAGCACCGUCUCACAGAGACGUGAUAUGCAAGCAGUGGCCUCAGACGUGAUCCAGAAUAAAGCUGAAAGCUCUGACACCACAGGGAGUAGCAGUGAUGGACUGGAGCAUCAGCAGCUGGGACAUCAAAAGGAGUUGGACAAAAGUGAGUCCACGCCGAGACUUAACAUGGAGACAAUAAAUCCUCCACUGUCUGUACAAUGUGGGAAGGCAGAGCCAAAUCUCUAUCUGACUGAAAGCAGUAAGUCCGCUCAGGCUACAGUGUCUGCUGGAUCUAAGCCUCAUGAAGCACUAGGUUCGUCGCAACGCCCACACAAAUAUGGUCGUGUAAACACGGUCACAGAGACUCAGAGCGAUACGGCCGAUGUUAUGUCAACUGCUGCUUCAUUCAAAGGUGCAAAAUCAGGAAGGAGUCAAACUUCAGAGGAGGAACAUGCCCUUUCUCUUAACCGUUUUGCUGAGGAGCAGCUUUUGUCAGACAGGAGGGUCAGCCAAGGUGGACUGGUCUCUCAUACACUCUCUGGCCAACACAAGCUCAGCGUGACCUCUCUUUCUCCAAGCACAGUAAAUCAGAAUAGCACAAGAAGAGAAAUACUGGAACAUGAAAGCCAACACAAACAGAAGAGUCAAGGAACCACAUGUGAUGUAGGCACAACAAAAGACAAGGGUGAAGCCUCCACAUACAAAAGCAACAAGUUAGAAAGUGGAGACACCCACCCCCCUCUGCAGGUUGGGCUCGGUCAGACCUCUGGUGCUGCACAUACUUCUGAACUCUCUGGCUCAGUUUCCUUAUUUUCCAUCAAUAAAUGCAAAGCUCCAAGACAGCUGACCCCACAACCAUCCAUCUACUGUAAUCUAGUGGAAUCUACAUCAUCAGAGGCUCUGAAUUCAUCUAAACAUGCAAACAUGGGCGGCAGCAUGGUGAGCCUUAUGGACAACUCUGCGUCUUCAAAGGAGAUGACUCUUCUAAGUGAAUCACAGGACGUAAUCAGCUCAGCCCACUCAGAAAAACAACUGGAUCAGUUUACUUCAGUGUCUUCUAACAUCCAGGUGGAAAGACUCAGAGAAAUCCCAGCUGUGCUUACAAGUGUGCAGAGCCCUGCUGCAGGACUCACAGAGGGAGACUCCCUUGUGGGAUGCGCAGCCCAGAAGAAGCCACAGACACGGGGACAUGGAGGGAUCUCUGCUCAGCUAGGCAGCUCGGACAGCCAGGAGGCUGGAGGGGCAAACCGCAAGUGCAUCGGCAGGCAGGGUGGUGGAGGGGUGGCGGAAGAGGGCAAGAACACAGGGGUCGAGACAGACGAAGAGACAGGACAGCGGGACAAAGCUGAGUCUAACUGCAGAUACACGUGUUUCCAAGAUAUGACAAAGCCAGAGGGAGAAGACAGAAAGGCUAAAGUGGAUUCCUUCAAAAACUCUUGCCUAUUGGAGCAGCAUUCACAGCAUCUUUCCCCGCCACACUCAGGAAUGUCUGAAUGCACUCAACAGAGCCUGCAGCAAGCUCCAAGCAUGUCACAUCAACUUAAUUUACCUGCCAGCAGCGGCCAGGCUAGCCUUUUCAAUUCUCCACAGCCCCCACUGGAAAUGACCAACUUCUCUUUCUCACAACAACACUGGGAAAGCAGCAUCAUCCACAAGCAAGACACACAGAUCUCACGUGAAUCAAAUUCAAGUCAUCUUAUCCGAGCACAGGCCCAGUCGACAGAAACGCUAAACGUCUUCUCACGGACUGAGUCCAGGCCUCAGCCAACUCCGACAUUUUCACACCAGGACCAAAAGCAGACCAGCAUCUCGCUGUCUGUUCAACAAGGAAAUACUAUCGCGGGACACCACAUCACAGCAGUAAGCUGCUGCACCAAGCCAACAACAGGAAGUCACAAAGGUCUUUUGCCUGAUGUGAAAACAUCAUCCUCCACACACCCCAGCCAAGUUUCUUAUUCUGGUCAAGUCAGCAGAGCUGCUGCUGGGUUGACAGGGGACCCCCAAGUGUCAAACACCAACGUGCUACAUCAUGAUACUGUGCUGCCGUCGAAGCCUUUUACAUAUCCACAACUUGAUGAUUAUCAAGACACCAAGGAUAAGGCCCCAGGUGACCAGAGCGGUAACACUGGGAGACCUGACAUUACCAACAAAUACCAGUCUUUCUUCUUUGCUGGCCAGCUCCAUGGCUACCAGCCCGCCGAGUGUCUGGCCAGUGGAGUCAGGCCUGUGCAAAGCUGCCACGACUACACAGAAGACACCAGCAGUAGUGACGAUGAAGGAAAGCUCAUCAUCGAGCUUUAGGUGAACGUUAACAUGUGCUAUUUGGAGUUUUACCUGCUGUAGAUAUACUGUAUAUUUUUCACAGAUAAAAUUGCUCUGGAGGCAGAAAUAAUACCAAUGGCUGAGUUAAAUUAGUGGGCAGAGACAAAGAACCAUGUGUGUAAACUCAAAAUAAGUCAAAAUAUGAAUAAAAAAUGAGCUGUCAGUGACAUUUUAUAUUUUUCAUUACAAACAUUACAUUAAAGGUCAAUGGGCAACUUUGCAAGAAUUGUGUAGGUCAAGUGUGAGCUACAGCAAUGCUGCGUUCAUGUCAUACUGAGCAGACUGUACUAACAAGUAGCCAAGUUGGAAAAAAUGCUCAUGUAACCCCCCUACUUGUAAUUCUAAAUCUGACUGUUGAAUUUCAGCUCAGGUAUCUCACACACGGUAAAAAGAAUUACAGAAAAGAACAAACCAGUCGCAAAACAGCUGCAAAGACACCAUCGCAGGCAGUUACAGCCAGAUAAAAUCCAAUAACACUAAUGCAGUGGAUUAUGGUAAUCAAAAAGGAGCAGCACACUUUGUAUCUGGCUUCUGAUGUUGACGAAAACUGAUGUAAAUUAGCUGAGUUAAUCAUUGGGGAUUAAUGCGUGAGCACUCUCAAGGUGGAAAAACUGGAGCUUCUCCCAUCACUCCCAUCCUGUGCAUAUGGUGUGAAUGCAGCAUGACACACGCCUGUAAGUCUGCAACGCUCACAACAAGUUCCAGACCUGCUGGGAAGUCUGAAUGUGAUUAGAACAGAAAAAUGGCAAUGACAUGUUUUGUUUAUUUAUGAACCUGACUGUCGAUAGUGAAGGUUAGCAGGUUAGGUCAGUGAACUAUCCAGGGAGCUAUUGGCUAGUUUAAUCCAGCUAGCUGUCCUCGAUGUCUGUUGGUCUGGGUUUACCUCAUGUCUUUUUUUGUCUUGGUUUCAUGGGUGUUGACAGAAACCAAACGGCAACCUCUGGGCCUGAAAAAUGAAGCCAACACUGAAGUGCCAAAAACUGCAAUUCCUCGAAUGAGCACUUGAAACUGGCUCCAAAAGUCAGUCAAUCCCCAUAAACCCUCAGUUUAGCAGAACUAAACGUGUUUACAGAAUGGUGCAAAAAACAAACGUUUUGAUCUCUGUAGCUAAUUUCCCCGUUCAUGACAACUGUAGGGUUUUUUUUCUAGAACUCACUUAAAACACAUGCAUAUGGGCAUGGCACACGCAUAUGAGUGACAGCUAGCGACUCGAUUUCAGCAACCAGGCUUCAUUCGACCUGCCGUCAAACCACCCACGCUCUAACUCUUUGCACAUUUUUGUAUUAGCCAAUUUGGUGGACUCAGGCACUGCCAAGAUGGCGACAACCACAGCCACUGACACUGAGCUGCACAAUGGCUCUCCAGAAACCUGUGGGUAACGUCCUAGAGACUAUCUCUGACACAAACACUGGGGCUCCUUCUGCUAUUCAACCCAACCAGUGAGAUUACUUCUGCCCCAAGGUAAUGCCGUCUGACUUCCGUUAUGCUUACACGUGCUUACACACAUAAUUCACCAUAAUCUAUGUCUACCUUCCUACACUCUCUCACUCAUAAAUUGCACUGUAACCUUCCCAGACAACACCUGUGUCUCUCUCUGUGUGUGUGUGUGUGGGUGUGUGUGUGUGAAUCAUGCACACAUGCUGCCAAAUACUCAUUAAGUUGAUCCCUGCUGCCAAUCAAGCCACCCUGGUGAAGCAGGCAUUGGCUGGAGGGGCAUGACCCUUUUCUAAGUCUGGUUUUGUGAUGAGUCAGCAGCUAUGAAAAGGCACAGGAACUCACGGGAACAGGAAAUGGGUGUAUGUGAACAUUUCUGUAGAUAAAUCCACAAUUACAGCUCAUGCUGACUUGCUUAUCAAUUCUCAGCCCAUUAAUGGUCAUAAAACGCUUUAUGGAGCUGCAGCUCCGAUGCAUCUGUUCAGGCCUGUGUGGGUUGACAUGCUGGAUGAGUCUGUAGUGCUGUGACACGGAGGAAAGGCAAGGAUACAAAAAUGUGCAACAGCUCAUUUGGUCAAGUUGCAAGCUGAUUUAUUACUGUGUCACAAUAUUCAAGUUUGUUUUGUUUUCAUUUUCUAAUUUUAUAGUUACAGAUUGCAUAAGUGAGCAUAACUGACAAAACAAACAAGUUCAUCUCAGAUUUAUUGCACAAGAUUUUGUGUUUCAACAAAAGAAAUAAACAGUUUUUUCCUG